CAUGGUUUGCUCUUCUGAAGACCACGGAGAAAGACAUGCUUUUUUGCUGCUUCCGGUGGCCAUUUGGCGCUCUGAGGUAGAUUGUAUAUGAGUAUUCUAUGUCGCCCAUAGCCCUCGUGUCGAGUUGUAGUCCAUCUCCACGAUUUUAUUUGAUUACCCCACAGUCACAAUGCCCUUGCUGGACGGGUUAAAGAACAGUGAACCUGUCAAUGGCAGUGUUAGCAAUGCUCUUUCCCAUAUGAAUCGGGUCGACACACCCCGCGAAGUAGAAGAAUAUCCCAGAAACAAUGAAAAUCGGCGACAGAGGAUCGUCGUGGUGGGACUGGGGAUGGUUGCCAUCUCCUUGAUUGAGAAGAUUGUCAAGCAGGACGCGGAGAGACGACAGUACGACAUCGUCGUGAUUGGCGAGGAGCCACACGUCGCCUACAACCGCGUCGGUCUUUCUUCGUUCUUUGAGCAUCGCAAGAUUGAAGACUUGUAUCUCAAUCCGACAGAAUGGUAUGGCUCUGUCAAAGACAGGUCAUUCGAUUACCAUCUCAACACCAGAGUGACCGAAAUCAUCCCCGACCAAAAGAUUGUUAAGACCUCUACCGAUGACUCGAUUUCCUAUGAUCUCCUCGUCCUUGCAACAGGCUCCGAUGCCGUUCUUCCUACACAUACCCCCGGCCAUGAUGCCAAGGGAAUCUUCGUUUAUCGAACGAUUUCCGACCUUGAGCGUCUGAUCGAAUUCGCCUCGGAGCACAAGGGACAAACAGGAGUCACAGUUGGAGGAGGCUUGUUAGGACUGGAAGCAGCCAAGGCAAUGACAGACCUGGAAGAUUUCGGAAAUGUGAAACUCAUCGAUCGCAACAAAUGGGUUUUGGCGAGGCAGCUCGAUGGAGAUGCCGGGAGCCUGGUAACUCGCAAGAUCAGAGAGCUAGGUCUGGAUGUUCUGCAUGAGAAGCGUGUAGCAACUAUCAAGACCGAUGACGAUAACAAUGUAACCGGCAUUGUUUUCGAAGAUGGUGAGGAGAUCGAUUGUUGCUGCAUCUGCUUUGCGAUUGGAGUGAGAGCUAGGGAUGAGCUGGGACCCAAGGCUGGUAUCCAAUGUGCGAGAAGGGGUGGUUUUGUGAUCGAUGAAAGUUUACAAACGUCUAUUCCCGACAUCUAUGCUGUUGGAGAAUGUGCAAGCUGGGAGAACCAGACCUUUGGAAUCAUUGCGCCCGGUAUCGAAAUGGCAGAUGUAUUAGCAUUCAACUUGACAAACCCAGACAAAGAGCCCAAGUGCUUCAAACGUCCUGAUCUAAGCACCAAGUUGAAGCUUCUGGGUGUCGAUGUUGCCAGCUUCGGCGAUUUCUUUGCCGACAGAGACGGGCCCAAAUUCCUUCCGGGCGAACGACCCUCAGUCACAGCUGGCUCACAAACAGAAGAUACAGAUGAACCACCAGUGAAAGCCCUCACAUAUAAGGACCCAUUCGGUGGUGUCUACAAGAAAUACCUCUUUACCAUGGACGGAAAGUAUUUGCUUGGAGGAAUGAUGAUCGGGGACACAAAGGACUAUCUCAAGUUGAACCAGAUGGUCAAGGGCCAAAAACAGCUAGAGGUGCCUCCCAGUCAAUUUAUUCUCGGGGCACAGGGUGAUGGCGAGGAAAACGCGGAUGAUCUAGACGACAGCACGCAGAUCUGCUCUUGUCACAACGUGACGAAGGGUGACGUCGUUUCGAAUGUCAAGAACGGUACAUGCACAUCUAUCGGAGAGGUCAAGUCAUGCACGAAAGCAGGAACUGGCUGUGGUGGCUGUAUGCCUCUGGUGCAGUCGAUCUUCAACAAGACCAUGCUGGAUAUGGGCCAAGAAGUGUCGAAUAACUUGUGUAUGCACAUUCCACAUUCGCGAGCCGACCUUUAUAAUAUCAUCGCUGUCAAGAGACUGAAGACGUUUGUCGAUGUUAUGAAAGCAGUUGGGAAGAACCCUGACUCCCUGGGGUGCGAGCUAUGUAAGCCCGCCAUUGGGUCGAUUCUCUCCAGCUUGUUCAACCAACACAUCUUGGACAAGGAUGUACAUGACUUGCAAGAAACAAACGACAGAUUCCUUGCCAACAUUCAAAGAAACGGCACAUUUUCCGUGGUUCCACGAGUUCCCGGUGGCGAGAUCACAGCAGACAGACUAAUUACCAUCGGUCAAGUAGCAAAGAAAUAUGAUCUCUACUGCAAAAUCACUGGAGGUCAGCGAAUUGACUUGUUUGGUGCCAAAAAGCAAGAUCUCCUUGACAUUUGGACUGCACUAGUUGAGGCUGGUAUGGAAAGUGGUCACGCAUAUGCAAAGUCACUCCGAACAAUCAAGAGUUGCGUUGGAACCACAUGGUGUCGCUUUGGAAUUAAUGACAGUGUUGGAAUGGCCAUUCGAUUGGAAGAACGCUACAAGAGUAUUCGAUCACCCCACAAGCUCAAAGGCGCUGUCUCGGGCUGCGUUCGAGAAUGCGCGGAAGCACAAAACAAGGACUUCGGUUUGAUCGCUACUGAAAAAGGUUUCAACAUCUUUGUUGGAGGCAAUGGAGGUGCCAAACCCCGACAUUCGGAGUUGCUUGCACAGGAUGUUCCACCUGAGAACGUCAUUUCCAUCAUCGACCGAUAUCUUAUUUUCUAUAUCCGAACUGCCGACAAACUUCAGCGGACAGCCCGGUGGAUUGAGAACCUCCCGGGAGGAAUUAGCUACUUGAGAGAAGUCAUCAUCGACGAUAAACUGGGCAUUGGUGCCGAAUUGGAGCAGCAGAUGGAAGAACUGGUCAACAGCUAUUUCUGUGAAUGGACAGAGACUGUGAGAGAUCCGAAGCGGCGCAAGGUCUUCCAGCAAUUUGCAAAUACGGAGGAGACUGUCGACACUGUUGAGGUUGUCCAAGAGCGUGACCAGAAACGCCCUACAUACUGGCCCAAAGAAUCCGCAACGGAGGAUUUCAAGAAUCACAAAUGGUCCAGUCUUUCCUGGCAACCUAUCAUCAAGGCCGACCACUUCUCAGACGAGCCUCCACAGACUUCGUCAGCCAACGUCAAGCGCGGGGGGACCCAGCUUGCGGUCUUCAAGAUCAAAGGCAAAUACUAUGCGACCCAACAGAUGUGUCCCCACAAACGCGCUUUCGUUCUUUCCGACGGUUUGAUCGGCGAUGAUGAUGCGGGCAAGUACUGGGUAUCAUGCCCAUACCAUAAGCGCAACUUUGACCUCAACGGCGAGCAAGCUGGACGGUGCUCGAGCGAUGAAAGCAUGAACAUUGCUACAUUCCCGGUAGAAGAACGAGAUGACGGCUGGGUCUAUCUAAAGCUACCCCCGAUUGAAGAGCUGGACUCGGUAUUGGGUACAGAGAAGUGGAAGGUGAAGAAGGGUGAAGCGCCAGACCCAUUCCAGAAAAUGGACAAGAAGUACAAGGGCAUACGGGGAAAGAAAGCAUGCGAUAUCGAGGCGCAGAAACAGACGACAGUCCCCACUACCAAGGCGAUUGACUGGUAGAUGAGAUAUUCUUUUAUUACAGGCGUUGGGGUAUUGAUGACAUGCAUGUAGCCGGAUAAUAUGGGUUAUUUAGUUUUUUGCAUAGAUACGAAACAAUCGAUAAGAUCCUGCAAUGAUUAUCAUUUUUUAUAGUAGUUUGAUAGUCUGUUCAUCAUAUCCAAUAUUAAUCGCCUCGACUGCACGCUGCAAUGCUCAAAAUAUCCAUACAUGCUAUGAAUGAAUCUAUGCCUUAGGGCACGUGAAUCACGUGCGUAUAGUAUGCCUGAGGCACUUAUCUCUCGACCAACCAUAACC